AUGAUCCAGACUGACUUUCCUGUAGCGAAAGCGACCGACGAAAACCUGACCUCGGAGAACUGGGAACUCAUACUCGAUGUCUGCGACAAAGUGUCGUCUAGCGACAGCGGAGCCAAAGAUGUCGUGGCCGCGAUGAUUAAGAGAAUGGCCCAUCGCAAUGCCAACGUACAGUUGUAUACGCUUGAGCUCGCCAACGCGCUGGCUCAGAACUGUGGUGUUGCUAUGCACAGAGAGCUGGCUUCGAGGAGUUUCACAGACGCUCUGCUCCGAUUAGCGAACGACAGGAAUACACAUCAACAAGUUAAAUCGAAGAUCCUCGAGCGGAUGGAACAAUGGAGCAAGGACUUUGCCAACAACACAGAAUUGGGUAUUAUGGAACAGGCAUACUUGAGAUUAAAGGCCCAGAAUCCAAACCUACAACCGCCACAGGCGCCUGUCAAGAAACAGAUCACCGAGUUUGAUCGGCAAAAGGAGGAGGAAGAACUGCAGAUGGCUCUCAAACUAUCGAUCCAAGACAAGUCCACGGGACCAUCAGCGAGUCAGCCAUCUGCUGCUGCUGCGGCGGCCGAGUUGUCCGCACAACCAGCGUCCUCAGCACAACAAGCACCUCCACAACCGGUACCUUCGGGUACAACAGCUGCAACUGUUUCACGGGUACGAGCACUAUUUGACUUUCAACCCUCGGAGCCAGGUGAACUACAGUUCCGGAAGGGUGAUGUGAUCGCAGUAUUGGAGUCGGUGUACAAAGACUGGUGGAAAGGAUCGCUUCGUGGUCAGACGGGCAUCUUCCCACUCAACUAUGUCGAGAAACUACAAGAUCCGACACCAGACGAAUUGCAGCAAGAGGCACGAAUAGAGGCCGAGGUUUUUGGACAAAUCAAGAACGUCGAGAAAUUGCUGGCACUUUUGAGCACAAGUACAACCGACAUGAAUCCCAGAGACAACGAAGAGAUCACGGAGCUGUAUCACAGCACGUUAUCCAUCAGACCGAAGUUGAUUGAGUUGAUUGGGAAAUACACCCAAAAGAAAGAUGAUUUCCAGCAAUUGAACGAGAAAUUCAUCAAAGCGCGACGAGACUACGAAGCACUACUUGAAAGCUCGAUGGCUCAACCGACACAAGCAUACGCCCAUGGACAACCACCGAACAAUGCUAUGCCUUACUCUCAACCACAACAACAACCCUUCCAGCCUCCGUACCCCGUAGCCUCGCCGGCUCCGCAGAGCCAGACGCCAGCCAACCAGCCUCCACCGGAUGCCUACCCUUCGUAUCCAACAGCGCCUGCUCGUCGACAGUCCCAGCCCGAGCCAUACGCGCCGUAUGCUCCUCAGAACUCGACCGCACCUCCACCAACGUCGGAUGGCCGGCCCUAUCCCGGUGUGCAACCACCGAACAUCGCCCACCUCCAAUAUCAGGACGACGGCUAUUCGGCGUCAAAUUACUCCACAGACGACCUGCACCAUCAAGUUAUGUCACCCCCUCCCCAACAGCAGGCUCCGCCUACUCAACAGACCUACAUCCCACCCACCAACCCUAGCUACCCUCCGCCGUCAGCCCCGUCUCAGCAACCAUACGAGUAUCCGUCGUCGCAGGUGAAACCAGCCGCGCCUAGUCAUGGACCUCCUCCCGUUCCUGGCGUGGGUCCACCGAAUCCAGCAGACCGGCCUGUCACACCUCUAGCGCAAUCAUCACCGUAUCCUACCUUCUCGCCUGGUCAUUCGCUUCCACAGCAGCAGUACCAGGCUUAUAAUCAACGGCCAACGAGUAUGGCGGCGCCAGCUCCAGGCGUCGGUGGAGGCGGGCCGGCAAGUUAUUACAGGUAG